UAAAAGUUUGCACCGAAAAAGUAAAAACAAAAUGGCUGCAGCUGGAUAUGCCCAUUUCUGGACGUUAGUUGAAAGAGAAGUUGGGUAUGUUCCCAAGAACAUUAAGUUCAUCUUGAACUGGACAAACUACGUAAACGGGGCCCUGGCGGAGCUAGACGACGAUCAAAUUUCUCUGAUCGAGGCGGACAUGCGGAAAUGUUUGUGUGGAGUAUCAGAAGAGCUGGACGAAUGUUUCCAUAAAUUCGCCUACGAUCCACAAAAGUUCCAUUUCCUAGCGGGUGAACGAGCGAUUAUGAAAUUAAUUGCAAAAACGCUGAAAGAGAAGGGAAUGAAACAUUUUUUCAAAAAAAUGGAUACCCAAAACAUCGCCGAAACGUCAAACUUCAGCUGCGAGAUGGCGGCCGCCGUACCUCAGAAAAUACUGGAGUUCUAUACAAAAAAGGUAAUUAAGGAAUAGUUUUGUUUUAUUCUAUUUGCUACA